UCUAUAUAUACAGCAAACACCACCCUCAAGCUUUGCAAAGCAACCAACUCUGUAACUGCCAUUUCCCUCCCUUUCUUGCUUUCAUCUUCUUCACUCUGUUUCUCUUUUGCCAAUCCUCUUUGAGUAUUUUUCACCAAUGGGAACACUAGAGGAUGCUAAGCACAAGGUGAACCUUUCCAAGUACAGAAACUUCAGGGUAACCUUCAGAGAAAAGCUCAAAGAGACCUUCUUUCCCGAUGAUCCUUUUCGCCAUUUCCGGGGCCUCCCGCCUCACCGCAAGGCUUUUGCAUUUCUUAAAUACUUUGCUCCUAUAUUAGAAUGGGGUCCUAAGUAUAAGUUUACUGAGUUUAAGUUUGAUUUACUUGCUGGCAUCACCAUUGCUAGUAUGGCCAUUCCUCAAGGCAUUAGUUAUGCUCGUCUUGCUGGUCUCCCUCCCAUCAUUGGCCUCUAUUCGAGUUUCGUGCCGCCUUUGAUCUAUGCGGUUUUUGGUAGCUCAAAGAAUGUGGCAAUAGGGACAGUUGGGGCUGCGUCGUUGUUACUGCAAUCGAUAAUUCAGCAAGCAGUGCUGCCUGCCAAUGACACAAAACUAUAUAUGAAUCUCUUCUUCACAGCUGCUUUCUUCACCGGAGUCUUUCAAACAGCCAUGGGUAUCUUCAGGCUUGGUUUUUUGGUAGAUUUUUUGUCCAGAUCCACAAUUACUGGAUUCAUGGGAGGAACAGCAAUUCUUAUUAUUCUUCAGCAAAUGAAGGGAAUGCUUGGCAUGCAACACUUCACCGACAAAACCGAUGUUGUCUCUGUUAUUCAUGCUGUCUUCCAUUACAGAGCUGAUUGGCAAUGGCAAAGUUUUGUUGUGGGAUUAAUCUUUCUAACCUUUUUACUGGGCACCAGACACUUGAAAAAGAAAAUUCCAAGGUUGUUCUGGGUGUCCGCAAUCUCUCCCCUCGUUGUGGUGAUACUUGGAGGAUUGCUUGCCUUCUUAAUCAAGGGAGAUGAGCAUGGCAUUCCUAUAGUAGGAACAUUGAACAAAGGACUCAACCCAAUCUCCAUUGGAGAUUUGGUUUUCACUUCUCCUUAUCUCAGCUAUGCAGUUAAGGCUGGUUUGAUUGCUGGUUUCAUUGCUCUCGCUGAAGGCAUUGCUGUCGGGAGGAGUCUCGGAUUACUGAAAAAUGAACAAGUAGACGGUAACAAGGAGAUGAUAGCAUUCGGUCUUAUGAACAUCGGUGGCUCUUUCACUUCUUGUUAUCUAACAACAGCUCCUUUUUCCAAAUCGGCGGUGAAUUUCCAUGCCGGCAGCAAAACAGCAAUGUCAAAUGUAAUUCAAGCAAUCAUCAUAAUGCUGGUGCUCUUGUUCCUUGCUCCUCUCUUCAAGUACACCCCUCUGGUUGCUCUUGCAGCUAUCAUCAUUGUAGCAAUGAUAGGCCUUAUCGAAUUCGAAGAAAUGUAUCAUCUUUUCAAAGUGGACAAGUUUGAUUUCUGUGUGUGCAUGGCUGCAUUUUUCGGUGUAUCUUUCCUCAGCAUGUUCAAAGGCCUAUUGAUCUCCGUCGGUUUAUCGCUGAUCAGAGCUCUAAUACAUGUUGCUAGGCCGACAACUAGUAAACUCGGUAAAUUGGAUGGAAGUGAUAUGUACCGUGAUAUUGAGCAAUACCCGGAGGCACAAAGCCAACCGGGAAUUCUAAUCCUCAAACUUGGCUCGCCUAUUUAUUUUGCCAAUGCAACCUAUUUAAGGGAAAGGACAUCUAGAUGGGUGGAAGAAGAAAUGAGCAGUAAUAAAAAUGGGUCUGAUCUGCAGUAUAUUAUAUUCGACAUGAGUGGAGUGACAUCGAUUGAUAGUUCGGGUCUCGGGAUGUUCCAUGAAGUUAGGAUGAUCAUGAGCCAAAAAGGCAUUAAGAUGGCAUUGGCAAAUCCGAGACUGGAAGUGGUCGGUAAAUUGGUUUCAUCGAACUUUAUAGAAAUGAUCGGUGCCGAAUGGGUGUUUCUUUCCAUCAAGGAUGCAGUUUCAUCAUGUAAUUUUGCAUUGCAAGAGUUAAGAACUGGACCAGAGCAUGUAUAGCCUAUUGUUUUAUCAGUGUAAUACUGUAAUAAUUUUCUGAAGUUGCUUGGCAAAUGAAUUGGCUUUGCAAUACAUGUCUAAUGAUAAUCAA